CCUUUGUAAGGUCAUUCGCAGCCAAUCGAGUUCGUCGUAUUAGUAGUAUCAUAGGGUAGUGUUGUGUUAAAUUAUCAGGAAGCGGCAUUUAAUCCGGAUUAGUGACUUCCUUAUAAACCAAAAAAUAUUGAAUCUAGGAGACGCAGGAACGAAUGUAAUUUAUCUAGUGGUGAACACUUGCGUGUUUUGAUUAAAAGAAGCAUUCUAUCGGGUGAUUGGAUUAGUCAAUGGCUAAUCCUCAUGAGUUGGAGAAAGAUGCUGAUUGGUUCAAAAGACUUGCAGUGUGGGAAGAGUCUCGGAAACAAUACAGAUCUGCUGUAUUUUACUACACUGAAGCUGCUCAAGCACUCUUGAAUUCUUUGGAAGCAGGCUCAAAAACUGAAGGUUUAUUAGAAUUAGCUCAGAAUUACAACAACAAAGUGAAAGAACUCAAAUCAAAAACUGUGGUGGAAGAUACUUCCAUACCGAACUCUCAUAUUUCUAAAAGCAAAGCUGAUUUUGCAAGGGCUCUUUUCUUACUGGAUGAUGGUACUACGGAAGAUGAAAAAGGAAACUUCCACAAGGCUUUUGAGCUCUACACAUUGGCUGUAGAGUUAAUGUUAUCCAUAAAACGUGAUGUCCAGGAUCCCUCUUUACUUAAAUCCAUUGAAACAUUUUCCAAAAGGGGUUUAGAUCGGGCAGAAGAAUUAAAGGCAUAUGUUCAAAGAACACAGCCUCCUUGUUCUGAUUCCCGUUCUUCUUGUAGCACUUUAACGUCAGGAGCAUCUAAGAAAUCCCACGGUUUUCAUAAACCCAAUAUGUCUUCGUCUUUGAAAGGAGACCCUGGCGGUUUCACUGUCGAAGAACUGGAGGUAUUGAGAUCCACGUCCGUUAUAAAUGGUCGUGAGUAUUUACCGUUUCUUGACGCCCUUGAUCUACAAGAACGAUUCUCCUUUGCUAAUCCUUUUGUUGAUAAAGAUGGACUUUUAGCACUGUCAAAUAAACAGAAAUCUUUACUUAGCCGUUGGGUACGUCCUUCUGAUUACAUUAAUGGACCAAAAAUGAUUUUGGCAAUAUCUUGCUUUUCUAUAUGCCAAACUGUAGUUACUGAUUGUUCAUUUGUCGCAUCGAUGGCGAUUGCUGCUCAAUAUGAACGACGUUUUAAAAAAAAGCUCAUUACAAAUGUAAAAAUCACUAGAAUGACAGACCAUAUGAUGCGUUCAACGAAAGCAAGCCAUGACUGGCUAGUGAAUGUAGAUAGACAGGCAGACAUACUUUUACGCGUCAUAUAUAUAAUAAGCUGUUUUGUGUUGUCAACGUUUUCAGUUUGUUUCUUCAUCUGUUGCUACUUUGUAUUGUUUUUAUUAUGACUUAAUUAUUGAUUAGAUGGUUCGAUUUUGAUUGGUUGAGUUUAUAUGGUUUAGUCAUCUUCAACGUUAUAUAACACAAUCAAAUAUUCGAAAUUAACUUUUCUUCCAACUUGUUCAUAUUUUUCAUUUGUGUACUGGGUUGAAAUCUCAGUUGAAAGAUUGACACUUGUUUUGAGAUAUCAACUAACGCUCUUAGAUAUAGCUGAAACGUAAUUCUCAAACUCUGUAGUUGAUUACAAUUAAAUAAGGACUCACAAUUGUGUUUAGAUUUGUUUAUGUCGUGUAGUUUAACUGUUUACUGAGUUUUGAUCGCACAUCUAUUCUUCCUUUGUAACAUUUAAUUUGGUUAGUGUAAUUAGAAGACGAAGAUUAUGAGAGCUAUGUGGUAUGUUGGCGCUAUACAUUUCGAACAAUCUGAUCACACAUAUUUGUUAAGAACAUUUAUAUAUAAACAUAAAAGGUCAAAUCGACUAGAAAUGGAGGGCAAGAGGAGACGAGGAUAAUUAAGAAAAUAAUAUAAAUAACAAUUUUAAACCUGAAUAGCAUUACCAAGAUAAAUUUAAGGUGUGAACUAUUUUUGAAUACAUUAAGAGGGGCUGAAUUUUCGUAUGGCUAAGGCUUCAAUAAACCUUAUUAUCCACCCUUUUACGCUUUUGUACAGCAUGAAAGCCAUGUUAAGAUCAGCCUUAUGCCUAUUUCAACUGUGUUUGGCGAUAGAGGACGUUGGAUGUUCAUCAUCUGCCCCCAAAUGCCCUGGUACGGUCGAGAGUGGGGCGAGUCCGCUCACCCUCUCGAAAUGCUCUCACAUAGCCACGCGUAUAUAGCCUCUGCCAGGGAAGUCCUACUCACUGCCUUCUCGCACCACGGGUGUUGUUUACGAAAUUGAGAGGACGAAAAGCGAAUGUCCGGCACUUUAACCAGGUUGGUGGACACGGAGAGUCCACCUAGGGGAGUUGGAAAACCCUGAUUCCAAACCAAUGGCACAUAUGGGCUCCAGUAUCCUGAUGGAACAAAUGACGUAUGAACCAAUUGUUGGUCACCGACUACCAUGGGACUGCAUCUCCUAACGUCGCUCCACUGCCUUGUGGAUCAGACCUUUAGGUCAAAGGCUCCAGGUGUGGCGCGCUAAGAAAACCACCUGUUUUGGUUUGGUCACCCGGGAAGUAUCACUGUCCUCGCACAAAUCAAAUGAGAUUUGUGUGACGCAUAUGUAUUUGGUGCCUCCUUGUACCAAUAUCUAUGUGUUACAAUAAAUAAUGAAUAGUUUAUCAUCUACUCUUAUUAGGUCUUUAUUUGUUUUCGAAACCAUUUAGUUACAUGUUCAGACACCCUAAUUUGGAGAUCACGAUUACUCCUCCCCAUGUUUAUGUGGCCACACAUUUAAAUUGAUAAAUACAGUUGGAUGUGACGCAAUCGUUUCCAUAUCCUUUAAGCUUUUGGGGAUUCAUGGACCUUGAUUUUCCCUUGAUAAUUACCUUUUCUGCGUAAUAUGUCUUGUUAAUAACCUAUUCAAGCUUUUGUUUCAAUAAAAGAUUAAUUGAAUCACCUCUAAACGUUAAGUAAUGUAGACAGGCUUUACUGCUAUAAUAGGUCAUGACCCUUCCAUCCUUUUAUGCUCCAUACUUCACUAAAAACUUAAAAGAUGUGAAGACAAUUGCGUCACAUUCAACUGUGUUUAUCAAUUUAAAUGUGUGGCAACACAUAAAUAGGAAAGAGUAAUCGUAUUCUCCAAAUUAUGGUGCCCGGACAUGUACCUUAAAAAUUUGACUUUUUUAUUUAUUCUUUGAUGAAAGGGCUAAUACUAAGUGACGAAACGUCAAAAAAAUUAGAAACGUAAUUUUCCUAUAUAUAUAUUAUUUUCAUUAAUACCAUCUCAAGGUUAAAUAGUGAGUGAAUAAUCAUAAAUGGUAAGCUCUACUGGAGGCAACGAAUUAUCCUCCCAGUUAAGGUCCCAGCCUAUAUGCCCUUGUACAUAUCAGACGGACAAUUAUAUAUUUUCAAUAGUUGAGAUCAUGAUUCAAUUGAAUUAUAUGUUAUAUAAAUUAUCAUUAUAAAUUAUAUAUUUACCAGUGAUUUGUGUACCUAUUCAUGUAGUUGUUAACAAUAUUAUAUCCUAGUUAUCACCAACAAUCUCGUAGAUAGUUCAGUAAGCGUAUGUAUAUAAAUCGGACACGGUGAAUCGUAAUAGAAGUACAGAACCAAAGCAUAAAUUUCAGUAGGUUACACACAACUAAGAUAUCUGUGACACUCAGUAAUUAUGACUGUAUAAAAAUCACCCCAAAAUUAUGAGGUGGUGUCUCAAUAGUUAAAGCAUUCGAACUGGAUAAUUCAACUGUAACGGGUUUUUGUUGUUCUGUGACCAACUUCUAAUAGGAAACUAAGCACCUAGUAAUGUUAUUCAAAAUGACUACAAAAACAUCGCAAUUUCAACUAUCUCCAACUUACAGAAUACAAUGUUAUCAAUUCACUUAUUCAUGAUACGAUUAUUUCCAUUAAUUUUGUUUUUAAAUAAAAAAUAAAACGACUUAUUUUACAGUGUUAUAUAUCCUCAAAGCAUAACUAAUGAAGCUAUUUAUAAUCCAUGUGGAAAAUACAUGGUUCGUUUAAAUUUCAAUGGAGUUCCACGAAAGGUAUGUGAUUAAUUAACAGUGAAUUGUUUGGUUUUUAAUUAGUUUGAAAUGGAGUACGUUCCUUGAUUUCCAAUAGUUGGUUCAACUAAUCUCAAUCCGUGAUGAGAAAUAACUUGAAAUCAAAUAGUUUCUAUAGAUCACAUAGUUCUACAUCACAAAUUGCCCCUAGUUAAGUCAUGUUAGGUGUAAAACAAAUAUCAUUAACAGGAAUGGAUAGUAAUCACAAAAUAUCACUAACUGUGAUUGGAAUACAAAAUCAUUGGAUACCCAAUCAAUAGUUUAAAGGUUAGGCGCUCGUCAUGAAACCUGAAGACCCUAGGUUCGACCCUUAAUAAUGUCGUCGAUGCACACUACUGUUUAGUGCAAUACUAAUAUGAAACAGCUUCUCAGUGCUACCUAGUUCUCAAUGGUUGUUUAACUAAGAUUUGUGGCGAGACUAUAAUUUAUGGAUGAACCAAUCAGGUAUAAGAUAACAGGUCUCGGAUUUAGGCGCUAAAUCCACCCAUCUAUUUGGCUAAAUAGAGUUUUGGCAUUAUAGCUGAUGUCAGUUCGUGAUGAAAACCCUAAAUCUAAUUCCUAACGUUAAUCAUCAACUGUAAAACAUAUUUCUAAUUCCUUGCACAGGUUUAGAUCCUUCAUUCGAUCAUAGAUAUUAGGUGGACACUCUCAAGGUCAGUCUAACUUAGCUCAAAGGUCGUCCAUAAAUUAUAGUCUCACCAGAUUUAUCGGCAAUAUAAACUAUCAAUUAAUAAUACUUUAAUCGACCUCUCUACCUUUAUGUCACUGGAGGCAGGUCAACAGCAAACAAAUCUGUGAAAUAAUACUUGCAUGCAACUAUAUGAGGUUUAAAUUAUUAACAAUGCAAAAUGAUUUAUCUUAGUGGAUUGUUUACAAAGUUUUAUAUCUUUCUAACAUGUCUAACGUUUUUUUUUCAAUUAUCGAUCAACGAUAUUAGUCUUCUAGCUUUUAUACAAUUGUGAAGUGAACAAAAGUGAAGUAAACAAUUUGUUCAUUCUUCGGUUGUUGUACCUUACUCUGUUUAAAAAAAAAUCUUUUUGAAGCCUCCAGUUUAUGUGUUUAUGGGUUUGGAAUGUUUAAAUCUUGUCCCAGGUAUUUAUACUAUCAGAUAUCUCAAAAUAUACGAUCUCACUGAUUACAUGAGCUAACCAUUAGCAACGUAGAAUAUAGGAAAAAUGUUUGUCCAUUCAAGUUCCCAUAACUAAAAUCGUCAAACUGAAAGAGAUUAUACAAUUAAAAAAUAGAGAAAUUGUAGAUGGUAGCAUGGAUCCCACGUGAAAUCACCGAUGGGUACUACUUUGGGACUCAGUCAUAUUCAACGUAAAGAGUGGCACAUAAACGUAUGUCUAUCUAGGCUUUCACAACACAACGAAAUGAAGUUAUUGAGAUGAAUACCCGUCACGUCCAUCCUAUUCAACAGCAACAUUGAUCAACUUUGGGCCAUGUUACCCAUGUCUACAAUCAUCUGAAUAACAAAACAUCGUCUAUUUUUCUGUUAUAAUGUAAUUCUAUAUCACGAGCAUAUUUACGCAUCAAUAUCCUUUUUAUCAACAGUACAAUACAUGAGGAAGUGAAAAUUUAUUGAUGGUUGUAAUUACUUCGUCAAUAGGAAUCCAGACACUUUUUACAUAUCGACCAUAUUGUUAUUUUCAACGUUGGCUCAAAUUCUGUACAAAAAUACAGUAAUUAAAAAAAACUUUCUAUGUUAAUUUGUGUUUCAAAGGAUAAAAAACUCCUUAAUUUAUUGUUACCAGUUUUCCAACCGUAACACUUACUUUGUGAAUACAUACUUACGUGUAAAUGUUGAAAAUUAAUUUGGAUGCACUAAACUCUCAAUACUAUUGGCUUGUACUAUCCCAAUAUUUACAUUAGUUUGUGAAAAUUCCUGCUUAGAUGACGUACAGAUAUUCUUUUAGUAUACAAUUAAGUUAGAAGUUCAUAAUUGUCCAAAUAUCUUAAUGUAUUUGUCAACUUGGUGAUUUUUAUGAUUUACUGUCCUGAUAAACACUAUACGACUUGGCGAUGUAACCGAUCUGUUAUGACUUGACAUAUGUUGAGGACACCAGGACUUUUGGAACUGUUUUACGGAUUACUAGUAUUUUUAUUGUCUAAUUAUCAAAUUAUUGUAUUUCUAUAUUCUCCUUAUUGUAAAUUUCCAGUGGACUGACGAACUACUGCCGUACAUCUUACUAUUACUUUUUUAUAACUAAUUGUUCAUUCACCUUUAUCCUCUGUUCUUUUCCACUUUCGGCGGAGUUUCGUCUAGAUCAUAACUUCUUAUGUUGAUGUGCGACAGUAUCCUAUGAGUUGAUUUACAUAAAUGCUACUGCUUGAUGUGUUUUGCUAUCGGACUGAAUCGUUUGGAUUUAAACUAGUAUAUUCCAAGUUUGAACAACACACUUCACUUCUGUUUGAGCAACUAGGUAAUAAGUAGUUUCACUUCCCCUUGUGUAAACAGUAUGAUUCAAAGUCAAGUACAUAAACCUGUAAUUGGUCGAUAAACGACAAAUAAUUUUUCAACCUAAUCGUUUUUUUUUUUAAUAGAACCCUUGUAUACAUGAAUAAUCUGUCUUAGUCAAUUUUGCAAUAUAUAUGUGCCUAACUGAUCUAGGUAAUUAUAGAUGACUUUUUGCCAAUGGGAAAGGAUGGAAAGCUGCUAUGUUGUUAUUCAAAUAAUCAAAAUGAAUUAUGGGUAUCUUUAUUAGAAAAAGCUUAUAUGAAAGUGAUGGGCGGAUAUGAUUUCCCAGGAUCAAAUUCGAAUAUUGAUCUGCAUGCAUUGACUGGUUGGAUUCCUGAACGUAUCUCCAUUCGGUCUAGUUCUACAAGUUUUGAUAAAGAUAGAGAAUUUCGUCGUCUUUUAAGUCGAUUUCAUAAAGGUCACUGUCUAGUUACAAUUGCAACUGGACAGUUAUCCGAUGAUGAAAGUGAACGGUCAGGUUUAGUUCCAACUCAUGCUUAUGCUAUGUUAGAUAUACGUGAGGUAGAGAAAACAGAUCGCGGCGUGUAGGCAGUGAGCAGGUCUUCCUUGAUAAAGGCCAUAAAUGCGUGACUUUAUGAAAGGCUUUCGAAAGAGUGAGAGGACGCUCCCAAUGAUCAUACCUAGUGGUAUUACCCGGUGUAUCCAAACCGAAUGAGGUUUUUAAGUCACCAAUGCAAUGAUUAAAAGUCAAUUAGUUCCACUAACAAAAAAUUUCUUCACCGUACAAAUCGCGCCCUAUUUGUUGAUGAACGUUGGUGAUCGAACGAAAACAAGCGCUUUUAACGUAUGACUGCCUAAUGUGAAGCACUUGCUGAGGCCUUUCAGUCUACAUUUACUUAGUUCCAGGUUCGAACUUUAAUUUACCUACUUCGUUUAGCCAAAUGCGUAGUAGCAUUAUUGGUGGGGACAAAUAAACUGUGACUCGAAGCCAUAGUUAUCGUUUAUUUUUACUGAAAAAUCCAUGGAGUCAUAUGCGUUGGAAAGGUAAUUUCUCUGAGCGUGAUUCAAAACACUGGACCCCCAGUAUGCAAGCUAAGCUGAAUUUUGAUAGAUCAUCUGCACAGUUAAUUGAUAAUGGUGUAUUUUGGAUAGAUUAUGAUUCUUUAUGUCAUUUCUUUGAUGUAUUUUAUAUUAAUUGGGAUCCAGGACUAUUUCAAUAUACUACAUGUGUUAAUGAUUGUUGGCUUGCUGGAUCUGGACCAAAGAAAGAUUCUUACGCUAGUGCUGAAAAUCCACAGUAUAAUUUGGAAGUUACUGCCCAAACUGAAUCACCUAUAUGGGUGCUUUUAACAAGACAUAUUGUAGAUAAAAUUAACUUCAGUUGACGAAACAUAGGAAGUCAUGGGAUAUUCAAUGGAUAUUCUGUUUUAAUUUGAAGCUCAUCCCUCAACUGUACUCACUUAUGAUGACGUCAAAAAUUGAACCUAGGGCCUUCACGAGUUACUUUAAAAUCAUUGUGAUAACACUCAGUGGUUUACAUUUCAGACCUCACCUCUUUGAAACUACUUAUAUUAUUCCGUAUCCAGUUUCGCGUCCACCUUGCUUUCAGAUACCCUCCUCCUACAAAAAUGUGCCAACAAUCUGAAACUGACUGUUUUUGAAUCUCCACACAUCUUGAAAUGCGGAUUUUGCCGAAAACAAAGAAUUCAUUGCAGUGGUUGUUUAUAAAGAUGUCAAAUCUCGUAAAGUCUAUUACCCUUAUGAUCCUGCACCAUUUUGUGAUUCUGUACGUAUUAAUAGUCCACAUUGUUUAGUUAAAAUGCUUCAAGAUCCUGGGACAUGUAAUUACAUUCUUUUGAUUUCACAAUAUGAGAAAUCAAUAACAAUUUAUUAUACAUUACGUGUAUAUUCAACAGCACCAUUUACCUUGUCAAAAAUCAAAGAUCCCUAUACUAUAUCAAAACAAAUUACUGGUGAGUGGAAAGGAUCAAAUGCUGGUGGCUGCAUAAAUGACAAAGAAAGUUAUAGAACUAAUCCACGAUUUGAAAUUAGUGUACCAAAUAAUAAUUGUGAUAAUCAGCUUUUGAUUGAAUUGCGUGGACCAAGAGAUUAUGCACUGGGCUUAGAAUUAAUUCGUAUAUCUGCUACAAAUGAUCAAGCACCCAAUCAGCAAAAUCGAUCAACUACUGGAGAUUACAGAAGAGGAUAUGUUGUUCUAGAACAAGCUGGUCUCUCUGGUGGUGUAUACAAUGUAAUUGUUUCCACUUAUCGACCUGGCCAAGAAGGACCAUUUAUUCUCUCGAUUAAAUCUAUAAGUAAUUUUACAAUAACCCCCAUAUGAUGAAGAUAACGAAGAACAUUACCAUGUCUCAUUGUCAUCAUUACUCUGUUUUCUUUGAAGUCUUACUUCCGGAAAUCCAGAAAGAGUAUUUUUGAUGCGCUUUGUUUUUUAUUUAUAAAAAAAGUACUAAAAUGAAUAUCCAG